AUGAUUGGUGGUGGCCGAGCUCUGAAGUCGAAGAAGCUGAUGUCGCGUUUUAUUGGUCUGUUUCAAAUUACGGAAAGAGUAGGAGAAGUAGCUUAUCAUAUUGCUUUGUCGCUGAUGCUUGCGAAUAUGCAUAAUAUAUUUCAUGUGUCUCAGUUGAGGAAAUAUAUUGUGGAUCCUUCUCAUGUGAUCCAAGUGGAUGAUUUACAUGUGAAAGACAACCUGACAGUUGGAGCAUUGCCUGUGAGGAUUGAAGAUCGGAAGUUGAAGCAGUUACGUGGUAAAGGGAUAGCAUUGGUCAGAGUAGCUUGGGGAGGAUAA